AUGAAAUUCGGACAGUCUCUGGAAAGAGAUAUGGUUCCUGAGUGGAGAGGGCAGUACUUGGAGUACAAAAAGGGGAAAAAGAAGAUAAAGAAGCUCCGGAAGCGGCAGAGCGUGCUGGAUGCGGCAAGGGCAAGCAAAAAAAGAAGCUUAACUCCGUCCUUGAGGGGUUUGCUGAGACCAGAACCGGCGUUACAAGCAUCUCCAGAUGCAAUUAUGGCUAAUGGCAUGCGAAGCCAGAGCAUUUCGAGUGUCCACGUAGGGCAGUCGACGCCGAAAACACCGGCAUGGACAAAGAAGGCAUACCGGAGUGCAGAGAGGGAUGAAUUCGCGUUGCCGUCGCCGGCAAUCGACCCUUCAUCGUAUAAUAUGAGUUCCGGGUCACGUGACUCGAUCAGCGUCGAAAGCACACUGAAUGCAUCGAGGGAGGGAGACGGGCCGCGGCUGGCCAAUCAGAGCACGCCACUCCUUAACGAGAAUGAUGCUCCCCGGCGACUGGUGCGGAAACAAUCGACGAUUUCGAAGAUUUUCGACAACUUGAGGCGGAGCAACUCGUUGGGCCAGAUAUUCGGGAAUCCACACAUUGGGGAGCCCGGGACAGGUGAUGGGCGGUCGGAGACCGAGCUGGAGGACAUGUCGACGUAUGCCAAACAGCAAUUUAUCAGGUGGGUGGACUCGGAGCUUGAGAAAGUGAACAGUUUCUACCGGCAGCGGGAACAGGACUGUUUGCAGCGAUUUCUCAUUCUUCAGGACCAGCUGGUGCAGCUGAGCGAGCAGCGGGAGGCCAUGCGUGCCAGGUGGGAGAGAGGGAUGCAGGAAACGAGCGAUACAAGCCGUGAUGAUGCCGUGGAUAAGUCUGUAAGUGGUGCAUUGAGGCACCGUAGGCCGGGCGGCGAAAGAGAGGGAUACGGGCCGGAGAACGGCAGCGUGGGCAGCGGGGGAAGUGUGAGAUGCAAGGAUGGAGUGCGGCAGGGCCGCGUGAGGAGGAAAUUGAGGCGGUGGGGGGUGAUUUUGGACAAGCAGCUGGAGGUGUUUAGCAAAUUCGAGUAUCCGUCACUCCCGACAUUCGACUGGGCCCGGGCGAACGGAAAGGCCGAGAAGCAGUACUACGAGGCCGGGUAUGGGGAUGAGGGGAGUGAAGAAGGCGAGGAAAGCGAGAACGAAGAAGGUGAAGGGAGUGAAAAUGUAGAAAAUGAGGAUGGAGAAAGUGAAGAUGAAGAAUGGAACGAGUCCGAGGACUCGGACAGCGACGGGGAGCCGCAGGUGUUUGCAGGGUUCGAUCCUGGGACUAGGAGGAAAACACAAAAGCCAAGAAGGCGGCAGUACGAUCCGCGGUUCAACAGAAGGGACUACGGGCGGAAAAAGCAGCAGUCUGUGCAGGCAGUGCAUGCAAUUCAGGCAGGGCAGCACAAAACGACGUUGUACAAAAGUGCCCCGCACAAAGUGGCGUACUUCAUCGCCCGGAGACAGCUCAAAAAAGCAGUUUACGAGUUCUACCGGUCGCUGGAACUGCUGAAAUCCUACCGGAUGAUGAACCGGACGGGAUUCCGCAAGCUCAUCAAGAAGUACGACAAGGCAGUUGGUGACACAUUGCUCCCUGGGUACAUGCAGAAGGUGGACGGGGAGUAUUUCACGACUUCAGGCGUGUUGGACGACCUGGUGACGCAGGUAGAGACGAUGUUUGCGCGGUAUUUCGAGCGGGGCAACCGGAAAAUCGCAGUGACCAAGCUCCGGGCCAUCGAGCAGCAGAAAACGUACUACGGGGCGCAGUUUCUGGACGGCUGGCUGCUUGGUCUGGCGCUCCCGGUGUUUUUUUACACUGUUUUCCGGGCUCUCCACCGAACUUUGUCCGGGGAUUUGCCCGAGGGCAAGUGGCUCAUGCAGAUCUGGGCCGGGUUUUUCCUCCUGUGCCUCAUGGCGAUGCUCUUCGGCGUCAACUGCCUCGUCUGGGACCGUUACCGGGUCAACUACAAGCUGAUCUUCGAGUUCAGCCCGCGCGAUAACCUCCACUACAGGCAGUAUCUCGUGCUUCCAAUGCUCAUGUUCCUUGUAGGAUCCUGCACCGCCUGGCUCAGCUUCAUGGACUUCUGGCCCGCCGCAUUCAACGGCCGCGACUGGCCGUGGGUUUUUGUGCUUUUUGCACUUGCCGUUUUGCUGUGUCCAUUCGACAUUUUCUUCCUCGAUGCCCGGAAGUGGCUGCUAUCGACGGUUUUCCGGCUCUGCUUGAGUGGUUUCUACCCGGUGGAGUUCCGCGACUUCUUCCUCGGCGACAUCUUCUGCUCGCUCACCUACUCCAUCUCCAACACCUCCAUGUUCUUCUGCCUCUACGACACCCACUGGAAUAAAUGCCUCGAUGGGUCUAACGGAACACGUUGCGGGUCGUCGGGAUCGCACCUGUUUGGUUUCUUGGCCGCUCUCCCGAACAUCUGGCGGUUCCUCCAGUGCUUCCGCCGUUUUGCCGACACCGGGGACCGGUUUCCGCAUUUGGCAAACAUGUGCAAGUACUUCAUCUCCUGCAUGUACUACAUGAGCCUCAGUCUGUACCGGAUGAACACAAACGCCCAAAACAGGGCAUUGUUGAUCGUUUUCGGCUCCAUGAACGGCCUCGUCAGUGCUGCCUGGGACCUCCUUAUGGACUGGUCGCUUUUCCAGUUCCAUUCCAUCAAUUUCCUUCUCCGCGACGAGUUGACCUACAAACGCAAAUCCGUCUACUACACAGCCAUGGUAAUCGACGUGGUUCUCCGCCACCAGUGGGUCUGCUAUGCCCUUUUCACCCGCCACAUCCAGCAGUCUGCCAUCACCGGUUUUGCCGUGGCUGUGGCUGAGAUCAUCAGACGCUUCAACUGGAUUUUCUUCCGGAUGGAGAACGAACAUGCAACAAACGUUCAUCUCUUCCGCGCGUCACGUGACGCGCCCCUCCCAUACCCAACCAGCCAGCGCCGCCACACCAGGGAUGCUAACAGCAAUUUCGUGGCUGCCGUUGUUCCCCCACCAGAGGAGCAGACGCCGUUGCUCCGCGACGACUCGUCUUCCGCGUCGAUCGACUCGUCGGCACAGGUCGAUCGGCCCGACCGCAGCUACCUCCGCCAGCUCUCCCGCAUCCUCACCACUGCCCACAUCAAGGAUUUCCAGCGUCGGAAACCGAGGGCCGACUCUGCCGCUGCUGCCAGCCUUUCGUCCGAGACUGGUGACUCCGCCGAUGAUGGUGACGACACGGAUGAGGAUAUUGCCGAGGAGCGGAUGCAGCAGUGA